UUUCCUCAUUUUUUGCUCCGUUCCUGAAUUAAAAUGGUUUUUGUGAAGAAUUGGGAAGACUUUGAGAUUGCCGCCGAGAACAUGUACAUGGCGAAUCCACAGAACUGCCGCUACACAAUGAAAUACGUGCAUUCCAAGGGCCACAUAUUGCUGAAAAUGACGGACAAUGUAAAGUCCGUACAGUACAAAGCGGAAAACAUGCCCGACCUGAAGAAAAUCGAAAAGAUCACCAGCAACCUGGUGGGACAUAUGGCCUCCAAGGAGUAAACGUCGAAAUACAACAAAACAUUUGGCCACGGCGGCACUUUGGACCACAGAAGUUGCUCCACCUCGUGUGUCGUUUCCACCCGCAAUUGAUUUAGUUUAUAAGCGCACCGCUGGCUGCAUUCCGGUGUGGCGAUCAGAGUAGUUUUUUCCUGUUUAAAUAACAUUUUAUAAAUGUUAGCUCUGUACACGCCGGGGCGCCCACAGGCAGUUGGCUGGCGGCGCACAAGGAUUUUUGAAAAUACCAAUAUAUAUUUUUUGUAUUUAUCUUAAUGUAAAUGGUCACUAGUACACAUUUCCAUGAAAUGGUUUCCUUGAAAUGAAAAUAAACCAGGGGAAAAUCGUACAAUUGGAAGGAAGC